AUGCGAAACAUUACCUUGGCCAUCUUUUCGGAGAUCGAUGUGGUAGAAGGCUAUAAUAGCGCUGGGAUCAACCCCGCUCUUGAGCUGGCCAUUUACGACGUCAAUAAGAAUGACUCCGUGCUGCCAGGGUUCUAUGUGGACUACGUGCUAAUGGACACUAAGUGUAACGAAGGCGUGGCCGCCGCAGCCUUAGCAAAGAUGCUCCAACAACCGCCACAGAAGAUCAUGGUGAUCGGAGGAGGCUGCAGUGUUUCCACCCAGGCCACUGCACAAACAUCCCCAUUUUUCAAUCUUGUUCAAGGCCUGAUAACUCUUCACGAGCUUUUUAAACGCAGCGGCAUAGAGAACAUUGCCUACCACACCAUUGACGAGGGCGGCGAACUCUCUGACGUGCAGAUGCAGGAUUUGAAGAACCGUGACGCACGUAUCAUAAUAUUUGAUGGAUAUGAGCAGACAUUGCGCAAAAUCAUGUGUAAGGCUUAUCGUUUUGGCAUGAGCGGUGGAAAAAUCGUAUGGAUGUAUUUCGGGUGGUUCAAUUAUGAUUGGAUGCUGAUCAAUGAUACGUCAUGCCACGCCGAUGAGAUCAAAGCUGCCGCCGAGCACGCGCUGACCUUGAAGGAGAUCAUGACCUUUGAGGAGUUCACCAAAGGUCGACAAACCGUGAACGGUCAGGAUUACUCUACCUAUGAGAGGAGAUAUAAGGAGUGGCCAAGUUAUGCUGAAUACGGACUGAACGAGUAUCAUGCAUAUGGAUACGAUGCCAUAUGGGCCGCCGUGUUGGCUAUGCAUUCCGCUAUGCCCAUUAUUGCACAGCAGAAUGUCACAGAGAUUAUAGACGGGGAAGUCGUGACCAGGCCAAAGCGCCUCGAUGACUUCACGUACGAAGACAGCCACAUGCUGCAGGUGUUCAUGAAGGAAUUGGACAAAACCAACUUCACAGGAAUGACGGGUCCAAUGAUGUUUUAUGAGAACGGUAGUAGACCCUGGCAGUUGGAGGUUGCUCAAGUACAAGGUUCAGUACAAGUGGUAGUCGGCCGUUACAACGAGAUCACCAGAAAAAUCUACAUCAAUGAUUCCAUGCUGAAGUGGCUCGGCGGGAAGGUGCCACCAGACCAUACGCCCGUCGUUGUGACCACCUCCUACGUCAACGCACUCCUUGCCGUCGUGAUCACCAGCCUUGCUGGAGUCGGAGUUCUAGUGGGGUUGUCUUUACUGGGUUUCAACGUAAUGUUCAGGGAGCACCGACACAUCAAGCUCUCGUCGCCAAAUUUGAAUAACGUGAUAGUGAGUGGUUGUAUCGUGGCGUUUUGCUGUGUGCCGUUCGCUGCCUUAGAUACACGUCUUGUGCCUGCUGAGAGCAUGCCAAUAAUAUGUAUGCUCUCUGGCUGGUUGCUGUCCAUAGCAUUUAGUCUCGCGUUCGGCGCCAUGUUUGCCAAGACAUGGCGUGUUUAUGUGAUCUUUGGAAACAAGUCGGGGAGACCUCUUCACGACAAGCACCUGUUGCUGUGGGUGGCUAUUUUGGUUAUGGUGGACGUGGCCGUAAUGGCGUCAUGGGCAUUAAUUGAUCCAAUGAAGCUGGGUUCGGAGAACGAUACUGCAACGGAGAACGAGGAAGAACGUCUAGUAGUUAGACACGAGUUCUGUGUAUCGGAACUGAUGACCUAUUGGAUAGGAGGGUUGUUCGCGGAGAAGGUGCUGUUGCUGCUACUGGGAUGUUUCCUCGCCUUCGAGACAAGAAAAGUCUACGUUCCCGAGUUGAAUGAUUCUAAGUAUCUAGGCAUGUGUAUCUACAACACCUGUGUUUUGUGCGGAGUGGGCGCCGCCGUCGGCAUGAUUAUGUCAGAGAGGCCAUCCAUCGCAUUCGCUUUCUCCACAAUCAGCAUCAUAACCUCGGCCGCCAUGACUCUGGGGUUACUUUUUGUUCCCAAGAUCAACUUUGUCCGUAGAGAUCCAACGGGGGAAUUGGGGCAGGGAGAAUCGUCCACUUUCAACGCCAGCUUAAAGAACGCGGUCAAAGAAAUGCCGUCCUGCUCGUCCAUCACCGAUAAAAGUGAUAUCGGUGGCAAUAGCACUACUGCCAAUCCAAUCUCUUCAAACUCUCGGCCUUCUGCUAAGCGGAACUUCAGCGAUAAAAAAUCGUCAAAAAGCCAACGCUCAGACCCUGUGGAAACAAUUUACGUUCUGAAUCCUCUCGACGCUAUGCGCAUGCUCAAUCCAUCCCUCUCCCUUUCGUCGACAGUUGACAUGACCGUGACAUCCGGGUAUGCUGGGAGCGUGCCGGGUUCGGGUCUCGUCGAGAAAACUCGGUCUUCUCCGCUGAAUGACGCGUGCAGUUCAACGAUGAGCAUCACACUUAACCGGCACGUGCAAACAUAUACUGCAGACGCGCCCUCUACCGGGUUUGGAAAUCUGGAAACGAUCCACGAAGAAAGCAGGAUAUAA